CACAGUAAAAAAGCUAGUCCAUCAUUUUCUAAAUCAUGCGCUACCUGAUAACCGCCUUGUUACUCGUGGCGUCCCAUUCCUCCGGGGACGCGAAGAAGAUUCCCUGCCCCCUGACAUGGUUACGGGUCACGGGCGUCAGUAGUCUCCCCACUGCCGUCGCGACGUCCAUCCUGCACCCGGACAAUUACGUCGUCCGCGCCUCGGUUGGGGGCCGUCUGGUCGUCGGGAACUUCCCGACCAGUCUGCAAUACGGUUUAUUCCCGAACGGAACGGGGGGCGUGGCAUUGACGUCGUUCGAACUCUUGGCAAACCCCCACUCGUGCUCGUUGGCUUGGGAAAUCGAGCCAGAUAAAGCGUUCGGGGUGAAAGUUGGGGACCUUUCGGUGGCUCGGGCGAGUCACGGGGGGAAGUUGAUCGCGGGUUUUGUCGAGGAGGAAGAGAUGGGGGUCAUUGUAACGGAGGGGUUGGAAGUGGUCCGGAUGGAGGUGGACUUUCAGUACCUCACCUCAUUUCUACCCGGACUCCGGUUAAGCGUUGGAAAGAUGAAGUUGACAUAUCCCCCGAUCGUCCCGACCUAUCAGCUUAUCGGGAUGGAAGAUAUCCUCAACUUUUCUCCUGCAGUGGUCAAGCAAACCAUCGAACAUAAGACGCGCUCUUAUGAGAGUGUUACCGUCAAAACGUGGUCAUCUUGGUAUUCCGGGAGUAGAUUCAGCCUUCAGGCCAAGCUCAGCAUCCCGAUCCCUAUCGCGGGCCCAAUCGGACUAAAUAUAGACGUUGGACUGGAUAUUAAUGACGAAAAUGAUGAAGGUGGAUUCAAAAGUAACACGAUGCACAAAGCGGUAACGAAGGAGAUUUCUGUGGGGCGUGAAAUCACGGUGGAGCCCCAUAGCGUCGUGCAAGCGUGUUCCAUUGUCAUCAAGGUGAAGGACUUUCGAGCGGAGUACUCCUCCGAAGACGUCUACAGCGCCCCCGGGCUGACUGGGCAGGACGUGAGGGCGCACCUCGAAGAAGAUGGCAUCACGGGGGGACGCAUCGUAGGAAACACGGUCGUCAUCGAGAACGGAGGGGACAUCGAUGCCGACAUGUUCGUCACGACGAGAUUUUUCGCCAAGCCGUACGAGGAUGGCGGUGUUCCGUGUGGUUUUGAAUAAUUUGGAAUGAAAUGCAUGCAUAAUCCUGUCAAAUAUGUGUAUUGUUUAAUCCUUAAAUAAAAUUUGUGACCACCAAAA